UAAUGGUCGAUAAGCGAAACAUACGAGUGUUUUAUUUAUUUUGAGAUUUUAUUAACGAGCAGGUAGCUCCCGUUGAAGAAACAUUCACUGAGCUCAGAUAAAUCAUCGUCAAGCCGGAGGAAAAGAUGGAUGAUCAGAGCAGACAGCUGAUUCCCCUGGUAAUCUUACACCGAAUAGACUUCCUGCAGCAAAAUUUAAAAAUAGAGGAGGCUCCCCUUGAUCAACACAUCUGCAUCCAGGAGGAACCAGCAUAUCUACAAAUUAAAGAAGAGCAGAUUGAGCCAAAUGAUCCUCCAGUAAAAGAAGAAGAGACAGAGCCCUGCAUCACUCAUAAUGAAGAGGAUCUUGUACUGAAGCAGGAAACUGAUAACUUUAUGGUGACUCCUACCUAUGAAGAAAAAUACAGCAUUACUCUAGAACCAAUCAGGAGCAAGCAUGUUUCUAAGGAAGCCCUUGAAGCUGAGAACAAGGAUCAGGAAUUAAACAAUGACAAAGACAGGGAAUUAAAAAAAUACAAAGAGACGAUCCGAAAAAAGAGGUGGCAAAAAACUACACAAAAUGAUCACAUCCCUGGCAGAUCAAAACAAAAGAUGCAGAACAAAACCCUCAAGAACAAGAAUAUGCAUUCUUGUAAAGUAUGUGAUUUACAUUUUUCUCAUAAUAGUCACUUGACCAAACAUAAGAGAAUUCACAAAUGUAAGCUGCGUUUAUCGUGUGGGAUCUGUAGAAAAGGUUUUAGCCAAAAAAGCCAUUUAACCCAUCACAUCAGAACCCACACAGGCGAGAGGCCUUUCUCGUGCAAUAUUUGUGGGAAAUCUGUAGCUGCAAAAGGUAAUUUAACUGUUCACUUGAGAACUCACACAGGCGAAAAGCCUUUCUCAUGUGUGACCUGUGGAAAAAGUUUCAGUCAAACAGCUUCUUUAAGUGCUCACAUGACAAUUCACACAGGUGCAAAGCCUUUUUCAUGUAUGACCUGUGGAAAAUAUUUUGGUUUAAAAUGUAAUUUAAUUGUUCAUAUGAGAAUUCACACAGGUGAGAAGCCUUUCCCGUGUGAGGUUUGUGGAAAAGGUUUUAGCCGAAAAGGUCACAUAACAGAACACAUGAGAAUUCACUCGGGUGAAAAGCCUUUCUCCUGUGAAACCUGUGGGAAAGGUUUCACUCGAAAAGGUCAUUUAACCGAGCAUGUUAGAACUCACAAAGGUGAGAAACAAUUUUUGUGUGGGACAUGUGGAAAGAGUUAUACUCAAAAAUGUCAUUUAAAUGUUCAUAUGAGAAGUCAUACAGAUCAGCAGCCUUUGCUUGUAUCUUAAUAUCAAUCAGCAUAUUACUGGCAGUGACAACUGAUUUUGAUGAUUUGUCAUUAUUGAUGACACCGUGGACAUUCAUGACCCUAACCCUAACAACGCUUUCACUAUUGAGCAAGACAAUUAUCCCAAGUACAUUUAGCUAAGCAACUGAUGAAUGACUCAAAUAAUCUUUUACUUACUUUAUGGAGCAUUCUAGUCAAAAUCGUCUUUGUCUUCGAUUUUCCAAUAUUAUAUUAAACUUUCUAAGAUGUUUUUAAUUAUUUCUAGUUGUUAAAAGGUUGCAAAAACCUAAAUAAUGGGUAAAUGAAUGGUAACUUUAAAAGGCACACUGGUUGUAACUGCUAUGUAAUCACAUUAAUAAACUGCAGGUUUUUUUUUUU